GGUAGUUGUCCGUCGACUCUGCGUGUCGAACGAGGAAGAGCAGCAUCGUGGAGAGAAGAGAAAACUUGCAGAGCUCGCUGCUUUAUAGAGGACGAGUGCACGUGACUGAAACCCUAAGACCAGGCCUCGGAAAAUAAUUUCUGCUUCUGCUUCACCUCUUCAGGCAACUGCGGAAGAAAUAUCUACAAUAAUUGCUGCUAUUCUGUUUGCUGCUUUCAAUCAUGGGUCCUGCAAAUGGAGCUGCCGCCGCGCCCAAGACGCUGGUGAUGGAGAACACCGAGAAACGCGACGCUUUGAUUGCGUAUGAAAAGAAAUACCAAAAGAAAUGGCAGGACGAGAAAGUGUUUGAGACAAACCCGCCCACGCUCGCCGAGUGCAGCGGAACAACCGGGCCCGAGAUGUGGGAGAAAUACCCAAAGUUCAUGGGCAUGAUGGCCUAUCCUUACAUGAACGGUGUCUUGCACGCCGGCCAUGCUUAUACCUUGAGUAAGGUCGAGUUCCAGGCCGGUUUCGAGCGCAUGCUGGGCAAGAGAGCCUUGUUCCCUUUCGGCUUCCAUUGUACUGGUAUGCCAAUCAAGGCCUGCGCCGACAAACUCACUCGCGAAAUCGAAAUGUUUGGACAAAACUUCGACGAGAACGUCCCUCCCGAGGAAGAAGAAGCCGUCGUCGCCGCAGCCGCAAAGACCGAUCCGACCAAGUUCCGCGCGACUAAAGGCAAAGCCGCCGCGAAGAAAGGCCGCGGCAAGUACCAGUUCGAGAUCAUGCUGCAGCUCGGCAUCCCGCGCGAGCAGGUCCACAAGUUCGCCGACUCCUCCUACUGGCUCGAGUUCUUCCCGCCGCUCUGCAAAGAGGACUGCAACGACUUUGGCUCGCGAAUCGACUGGCGCCGCAGCUUCGUCACCACCGACGCGAACCCGUACUACGACGCCUUCGUCAGAUGGCAGAUGAACUCGCUCAAGGCGCUCAACCACGUCAAGUUCGGUCUCCGCUACACCAUCUACUCGCCUAAAGACGGCCAGCCGUGUAUGGACCACGACCGACAGAGCGGCGAAGGUGUCAACCCGCAGGAGUACACCGGCAUCAAGAUCAAGGUUCUCGAGUGGCCCGCGGCCGCAAAGGAGGUCCUCGACAAGGCCGCCUUCAACCCCGACGGCAAGACCGUCUCGUUGAUCGCCGCCACCCUUCGUCCCGAGACCAUGUACGGCCAGACCUGCUGCUUCGUGAGCCCCAACAUCAACUACGGCCUCUACGAGAUCUCCGAGACCGAGUACUACAUCUGCACCCCGCGUGCCGCCCGCAACAUGGCGUUCCAGAAGAUCACGCCCGUGCGCGGCGAGGCCAAGCUCGUCACCGAGAUCUCGGGCAAGACUCUGAUCGGCGCCCGCAUUAACGCGCCCUUGAGCGUCUACCCCGAGGUUCGCCUGUUGCCCAUGGACACCAUUCUCGCGUCCAAGGGUACCGGCGUCGUCACCUCCGUGCCGUCCGACUCGCCCGACGAUUUCGCGACCGUCACCGAGCUUGCCAAGAAGCCCGAGUUCUACGGAAUCGAAAAGGAGUGGGCGUCGCUCGACCCCGUGCCAAUCAUCUCGACCCCGACCUACGGCGACAUGACUGCGGUCGCGCUCGUCAAGGAGCUCAAGAUCCAGUCGCCGAAAGACAAGGACGCGCUUGCAAAGGCCAAGGAGAUUGCGUACAAGGAUGCCUUCUACCAGGGCACCAUGAUCAUCGGCAAGUACAAGGGCGAGAAGGUCGAGGUUGCCAAGAACAAGGUCAAGGAGGACCUUAUCGCGGCCGGCGACGCCUUUGUCUACAACGAGCCCGAGGGACUUGUGAUGUCGCGCAGUGGCGACGAGUGCGUGGUCUCGCUCGAGGACCAGUGGUACAUGGACUACGGCGAGGAGGAGUGGAAGAACCAGACGCUGUCGCUGUUGAACAACAUCAACACGUACACGUCCGAGUCGCGCCACGCGUUUGAGAAAGUGCUGGACUGGCUCAAGAACUGGGCCUGCGCGCGCUCGUACGGUCUCGGCACCCGUCUGCCGUGGGACAAGCAGUACCUCGUCGAGUCGUUGUCGGACUCGACCGUCUACAUGGCGUACUACACGAUCGCGCACUACCUGCACGGCGACAUCUACGGCAAGACGCGGGGUCUGGGUGACAUCGGCGUCGACCAGAUGACGGACGAGGUCUUUGACUACUUGUUCUGCCGGGCCGGGUACCCGAAGAACACGACGAUCCCCGAGGCGACGCUGACGGCGAUGCGCCGCGAGUUUGAGUACUUUUACCCGCUCGACGUGCGUGUUUCCGGCAAGGAUCUGAUCAACAACCACUUGACCUUCUUCCUGUACUGCCACGUUGCUUUGUUCCCCAAGCAAUUCUGGCCGCGCGGCGUGCGCACGAACGGACACUUGCUGCUCAACAAUGAGAAGAUGUCAAAGAGUGUGGGCAACUUCUUGACGCUCAAGGAGAUUGUCAAGAAGUUUGGCGCCGACUGCGCGCGCAUCGCGCUGGCUGACGCGGGCGACACGUUCGAGGACGCCAACUUUGACGAAGCCAACGCGAACGCGAUGAUCCUGCGUCUGUACACGAUGCGCGAGUGGUGCGAGAACCAGAUGGAGAACCUGGACAAGCUGCGCACGGGCUCGAAAGACUCGUUCCUGGACCGCGCGUUCGAGAACGAGAUGAACGUGCUGGUCGAGGCCACGGAGACAAACUACAAGCUGACAAACUUCAAGGCCGCGAUCAAGACCGGUCUGUACGAUUUCCAGGCCGCGCGCGAUUACUACCGCGAGGCGGCCUCGUACGAGGGCGGAAUGCACCGCGACCUCGUCGUGCGAUAUAUCGAGACGCAGGCGUUGCUGUUGACGCCUGUUGCGCCGCAUUUCGCCGAGUACCUGUGGCUGGAGGUGUUGAAGAAGCCCGAGACGGUGCAAUCUGCGCUGUUCCCGAAGAUCAGCAAGGAGAUCGACAACGGGCUGACGGCUGCGCUGGAGUACGUGCGCGACGUGUCGCGAUCGAUCCGCGAGACCGAGGGCGCAAACAUCAAGAAGCAGAAGAAGGGCAAGGCGGUGACGUUUGACCCGAAGAAGCCCACCAAGCUGACGAUCUACGUUGCGCUGUCAUACCCGGGCUGGCAGGAGCAGUACCUCGACCUUGUGCGGGAUGCGUUUGACUCUGUGAGUCUCAAGUUCUCGCCCGAGUUGACGCAGAAGGUGCAGAAGCUGGGCGACAUGAAGCGCUCGAUGCCGUUCGUGAACCAUCUCAAGUACCGGUUGACGGGCGGGAAGGAAUCGCCCGAGGUGGUGUUCAACCGCAAGCUUGCGUUCGACGAGGUCGAGACCGUGCGUGCUGCGCUGCCGAUCUUGCAGCGCAGUGUCGGGAGCGAGAGUAUUGAGGCGUAUGUGCUCUCCGAGGGAAGCGCGAGCGCGAAGAAUAUUCUGUCGGGAGAGGAGGCGCCGAUUGCGUUUGCGAAGGAGGCGGAGGCGGCGGUGCCUGGUACGCCUGGAAUUGCGCUUGUCAAUGCUUAGAUAGCUAUAGGAUAUAAGAAAAGUUUCCCAGAAGAUAACAAAUGAAAUAUUACAACAUUCAUUGAAGUACCACAAAGAUAAUCAUAUAAAAUGCUUAGAUGUAGCUAUAUAUAUUUAUUUAGAAAUGGAGAAGUUUUAUUGCAC